UGUGACGGAAAGCUAACGGUAUGAUGGCGCCAUUGCCGACGUUGUUGGCCUUCUGCAACUUCCUGGAGAACCUCCUGCACACAUCGAGUCUGGCGCUAAUGCGUCGCAUGAUCACCGAUUUUUACGCCGGCAACGAACACACGCUACAGGAUUUCAUGCGGCUUGGCGCGACUGUCAUAAGUGUGAUGCCCGUGAAGAGAACGAGUCCUCGGAAGUUGAAGGAAGCGGCACGGCUGUUAGCUGAACAAAAGAAGGAAAACGAGGUGGACAUCAAUGGACAGCGUCAGACUCAGAUGGGCACACCGACGUCUCCCCCGUGUGUCUUCCGCUACCUUUCGGCCCGUGUGGCCACCAGGAACGUCUUGUGGCUACGCGAUAUCUUCCAUGAGUACUGCCAUGGAGAGGCAGCGUUACUUCAUGAGUUUGUGCGACGCGGAGACCAAGCAAUCAGUGUCAUCCCUGUGGAUAUUCAGGCCUUAUCUAUGGUCCCACUGCCGCCGCCGCCGCUAUCAGUCGAUCCAACGUUAAAAGCUGUGGUGCGUGCGAGUAUUAUGGACGCGCUUGAGCGGUUGGAAGCGAAGGAGCCGUGGAAGGAAGUCUUCAACCCUGAUAAACUAUCUUUGCCAUUUUCGCGAGUCAGAUAUCCGCAAUUGGCGGCAGCGCUGCAAACAUUUUGGCAGAAAAACGCCCGAGCUGUUUGGGAACGCAAGUUCUGGGCGCCACUGUCUCGUUCACGCAAUCUCGACCUUCACAACCAGCGACGAUGUCGCCAACUUAAAGCUGGGACCUUUUUCGAAAGAAAAGUGAUCUUGCCUAUUUACAACGAGCUUGGAGCAUUUUUUUUCGUCGAGAUGGAUCAACGCCCGAAGCCCCAAAGUGGGUGGUACUAUUUCGAACAGGCUGUGGACUUGUUCACGCUGGCCCAACGCUACGGUUUGCAUGCGUGUCUUCAGUAUUUGGAGUCGGAGGCGUUCAAGAGGUUUCCAGUGGGUCCUGGUAAAAAUCGUAACUUCUACGGUCGAAUGAAUGGCAAAAGCCGCAGCAUGUGGUCGUCGGUCGAGAGUCUACGCUCAGUGUUGGAUGAGAUUGUUGCUAUAAAGACCAAGACGAAGGAUAGAUGCGAUUCUGAUGAGCUGUUACCACGCUGAGAAAGGUCAAAAAUUUCAAAACUGGUCUACGGGUACAGUGGACUCCAUUGUAUGAUCGAUCUGAUGUGCAUAUACAUGUACUCCUAGUGAUACUUCUAUUGUUUAACAACGAACACAUUUGUGAAGUAUAAAGAGUUUCGCCUCCUA